AUGUUGGCCGUACAAACUAUAUGUGAAAAUAGACAUAUUUUCAAAUGGACGUCUCAGCCAUUAUCUGAUAAACGACUUGUAGGAAACAUUUUAAUGGGAGCUGCUUUAACGUUAUCCGGUGUAUUAUUUAAUCAAAUGAAAACAUUUUGUUCGUCUUUAAAACUUGCAUUUUUUUCAAGAACAGUUUAUGAUAAAAUCAUUAACAACUAUACUGCUCCUGUAGUAAAACUAAUUUGGGAUCAACACAGACAAAAUAAUAUAAACGAACUAAAAAUGGGUACAAGUAUUUGGUUAGCUGGUGAUGGUCAAUUUGACUCCCCCGGUUUUUGCGCCAAAUACUGCACGUACUCAGUCAUGGAUGUUCGAAGCUCCAAAAUAAUAGAUUUUAAAAUUACUCAAAAAGGAAUGGUUCAGGGUGAUUUAGAAAAAAAAGCAUGGGAAUUACUACUUCAAGAACUUGAAAAAAACGAUGAAUGUGACAUCAAUGUAUUUUUGACAGAUCGACAUAAGGGAAUUCGUUGUUAUAUUCGAACACAUCAUCCGAAUAUCGAACAUGAGUUCGAUGUUUGGCACUUAUCAAAAAGUUUGACAAAACGACUAAAAACUCUAGAAAAAAAUCAUCAUAGUGCUUUUAUGUGGAAAACAAGUAUAAUAAACCACUUAUGGUGGUCUGCUCAAACGUGCGAUGGUAAUGGAACUGUAUUAGUUGAAAAAUUUACAUCAGUUUUGUAUCACAUUUCAAAUAUUCAUCAGUGGAAUGAUAAUGAACAGAUAAAAAAAUGUGAGCAUGAUCCACUUACCGAUGAAGAAAUAAAAAAUAAACUCUGGAUUCCAAAAAAUAGUGAUUCGUAUUUUGCGUUAAAAAAAAUUAUUACUGCUAGAUUUAUUGAAAGAUUUGCCUCAUGCUAA